CCUUCUCUAUUAUCGUGCGUUUUAAAAAAAUUCUCACGACGAUAGCCAUAUCAAAACUAUAUACAUCCCAGUGUACGGUGUCCGUUUUUCCUAUUCAGUUUGUAAACUACACGCCAGUUGUUGGGGUCUGCACUUGUAGGGUUUCUAGUUUUUCGACGCAAGUAGUGGCGAGUUAAAAAAGUUUCUCUGAACAAUGAGCGAAGUGUUGGAGAGAUACACACAGUUCAGUGGUGAAGAUGGUGGUUUACUAGUGCCAGUAUUGUCACAGCACUCAUUGACCAACAAGAAUCACGCUGACACAGCAGCCAAUUCACUGAGUCUUCCAAUUCAACGAAUAUCUAGUGAUAGUUAUGUACAAAGCCGACUUCAUCGCAAUCAUUGUAAAAUGAGCGAUUCUAAUUCAACGUCUGAACUAAAUACGAGUGAGGACACAUAUCCUAACUACAAUACUGUCACCACCACCAAUAGUAACGGAAUUUGUACAACGUCCAUCAACACCAUCUCACAAAACCACAGUCACAUUUUAUCUGGUUCUUUAACACCACCUGAUAAAGUCAUCAACGGGGAUCUGGUUUCUAUGGCAACAACUAGCCCGCUCAGUAUUAACACAAUGGCAACAUCUGUGCACACUCCACCGAGUCCUGUGCCAACGCCAUCUCCUCCAACUGGAGCCAUCUCCCCUCCCAGACCAGAUGAGAAUGGUUUGAUCCAUACCAGACACCAUGGUGAUAAGAGACUCAGCAAAGAUGCCAUGAGGCACUAUCUGCGUGAUAGGCAAGACAUGACAUUGGUAAUCCUACAUGCUAAAGUUGCACAGAAAUCGUACGGAAAUGAAAAAAGGUUUUUCUGUCCGCCUCCUUGCAUUUAUUUGCUGGGUCCUGGAUGGAAGGCCAAGAAGGAACAGAUGGAGAAAGAUGGUGAAAAUGAUGCAGGAUCUCAAGUGUGUGCUUUUAUGGGUAUUGGAAAUAGUGACCAAGAUAUGCAACAAUUAAACUUGGAAGGCAAAAACUAUUGUGCUGCAAAAACUUUAUACAUAUCUGAUUCUGAUAAAAGAAAACAUUUUUUCCUGUCUGUCAAAAUGUUCUAUGGCAAUGGUGAAGAUAUUGGUGUGUUCAAUAGUAAAAGAAUUAAAGUUAUUUCCAAGCCUUCCAAGAAAAAACAGUCACUAAAGAAUGCAGACUUAUGCAUUCAGUCUGGGUCAACAGUGGCAUUAUUCAAUCGUUUGAGAUCACAGACCGUAAGUACACGGUAUCUGCAUGUAGAGAAUGGUAACUUUCAUGCAAGCUCACAGCAAUGGGGAGCGUUUAAUAUACAUCUGUUGGAUGAUGAUGAAUCAGAGUCAGAGGAGUUCACAGUACGUGAUGGGUACAUACAUUAUGGUUCAACUGUCAAAUUAGUUUGUUCUGUUACUGGUAUGGCAUUACCAAGACUGAUAAUCCGCAAAGUGGAUAAACAGACUGCAUUGUUGGAUGCUGAUGACCCAGUGUCACAGUUACAUAAAUGUGCAUUUUAUAUGAAAGACACUGAAAGGAUGUAUUUGUGUUUGUCACAAGAAAGAAUUAUUCAGUUUCAGGCAACUCCUUGUCCUAAAGAACCCGUCAAAGAAAUGAUAAAUGAUGGUGCAUCAUGGACGAUUAUUAGCACAGAUAAAGCUGAAUAUACAUUCUAUGAAGGAAUGGGACCUGUUAGUUCACCGCUCACCCCUGUCCCUGUUGUCCAUAGUUUACAAUUAAAUGGCGGAGGCGAUGUUGCUAUGUUGGAGCUAACAGGAGACAAUUUCUUCCCAAAUCUACGGGUCUGGUUUGGUGAUGUUGAGGCUGAAACUAUGUACAGAUGUGCAGAAAGCAUCAUUUGUGUGGUUCCUGACAUAUCUGCAUUUCGAGGUGGUUGGCGCUGGGUGCGGCAACCAACGCAAGUACCAGUCAGUUUAGUGCGAAAUGAUGGUAUUAUUUAUCCCACUGGCUUAACAUUUACGUACACACCAGAACCUGGUCCAAGACAACACUGUACAGCUACAGAGAGUAUAUUACGAGGUGGUCACUUGUCUAGUCCGUCUUCUGACACCCUACAUUAUAUCAGUCCAAUGCACUGACAACGUUGGCUAUGGACAUGAUCAGCACAAUUUCAGAAUUGUCAACUUCAUGCAUAUAUAUGGAUUACCAUGGUAACAUUUCACCAGACCUGCAAGAUGUGGUAUUCUUUUUCAUCUUAAUAAUAACUUCAGGUUCAAGGUUACAAAUUAUAAACAUUUGUGCAUUGUACAGACUUAUGACAUGACAAUUGUGGCAAUAAAUAAGUCAGGUUAUGGCAAAUAAUCGUGACAACUACCAUGACUUACGUCCAUUCUGUGAACAUUGAUGGUGGGCCUACAGACUAAGCAGCAAACAAUAUAUCACAAUAAAAAAAUGAGUGACUUUGUACGUAGAAAUGAAAUGAAAGUAUUAUUAUAUUUGUACUUUUGAGAAUACAGGUAUUUAAGUUUACAGACACUGUUCUUGUGCUGGGGAGAGGGAGGGAUAUAUAAAUCUAUAUAAAAGUAUUCAUUUGCAACAUUUUUACAUACUUAUGCAAUCAAUGUAAUAAUAUACUGGUUCGCUGAAUGGAAAUGUUUUUAUUUUGUGCAGACAGUUCAGUAGAUCUGUUAACGGAUCUAUGACAACUAUCUUGUUUUUUUGUUAUAAGAAAUUUCAAACCUUCCAGUUUCUAUAUAAUUGCAUCCAAUUAGUGAAUACAUGCCAUCUUAAUGUACUUACUAACAACAUUGUAAAACAUUUACAUACAACUUUUUACCUAUCAUUGAUUCGUACCAUUUUUAUCAUGUCUGUUGUCAAAAGAUACAAAUGAUUGUUGGCCUACCAGUACCUUUAUAGUGCUGUGAUUUCUUAGGGUAAACCUUAGUGUUUGAUCUGUACACUAUUUAUAUCUAAUAUUUUUGUUGUGCUUAUCAUCAUAAUGAUGCAGCAUUGCACACUUAUAUGAAACAUUUCAAGGUGUGCUAUAUUAUGCAUAUUCAAAUUAAUGUUCUAAUUACAUGCAAAUGAGUUUCACAGGUGGGUUUUGUAAUUGAAUAAAUAGACUGAUAGAUUUCAGUCAUAUACGAGUCUGUGUGUUUACACAGCGUUUGUUCAGUGUAUUUUGCAACAUUGACUGCACUCAAAUGAUUAGUGUAUGUCCAAAACACUUAGGGAUAAUGAUACUGUACAAUUUUUCUACUUAAUACCGACUAUGUAAUACCUAUUUUAAUUAAUGUUUCAAAGUCUUGUAUUUUAUUUAAAAAAAUGACAAUGAUAUUUUCCGCAUUCAUCUGUAGCCUGGUAAAGGCAUCUCAUCUUUUUUUGUUCAGCUAAGGAGCUGUGAUUUUCCUGUCUCACUCACCUGAAGUGUCUUGCACAUUUUCAAUUCAGGUAAUUUCUCUCCCACUCAAGUAAUUUUAGUUAUGUAAAAUAAUUUAACAUGUCAGAAAUCAGUGACAUCAUCCAUCUCGAUUUGACUGUCAAUAUAUAUGAAGAUAUACCUUAGUAUGGCUAUUAUACCUACCAAGCCUUAUUUUUGAUAGUAGAUGAAACAGCCCCCUAAAAAUGGAACCUACUUUCUGGUAGUUGUCUUGUAGUGCUAAAAUAAUGGUGAUAAUGCUGAGAUAUGUCCAGGGAAGUCAUGAAUAUUCAUGCAUGAUGGUUUCGCAACACCAGGUACCCAUAAUCCGUCAAUAGUGGUGUAUUGUGGGUAAUACGUUACCACACAAUUCCUUUUGGAUCAUUGCAGACGAUGCAAACCGAUAACUUACACUAGGUGCUGUUUUUCACUCUUUUCUUUAUUUUUGUGCAAUAUGUCAGAUUCUUUCUGUCAAUUAUAUGAUUUAAUUUUUAUUUGGAGUGUUUUAAUUAUUUUUUCUUUCCUAAAGAAAAGAGUUUGGUACAUGAGAAACAAUUCGUCAAAUGCUGUUAGUGACAUAGUUCUCUAAUAUGUAUAUUAUUACACUAUUACUGAAAUAAAACAAAUACUAGUGUAA